GGAAUGAAUGCACCAAUGAGGAGCCUCACAGGUAUGCCUGAUCGCAUGUUAUGUGCAGUGCUGGAGCAAUUUCAGCUUUACUUUUCCCUUUGAUCCACUCUCUGUAUAGCACAGCAAGCCCCAGCAUGCUGAAGAGGAAACAGAGCUCUCGGGUCGAGGCCCAGCCCAUGACCGACUUCGGGCCAGAUGAGACACUGGCAGACAGCGCCGACAUCUUCUGGAUCAACAAACCAUGGGUGCACUCUCUGCUGCGAGCCUGUGCCAUCAUAAGUGUCAUCUCAGUGUGUAUGAAUACUCCGAAGACCUUUGAGCACUACCCUCCCCUUCAGUAUGUCACCUUUACCCUGGACACCCUGCUCAUGUUCCUAUACACGGCUGAGAUGAUCGCCAAGAUGCACAUCAGAGGAAUCAUCAAGGGGGAUAACUCGUAUGUGAAGGACCGCUGGUGCAUGUUUGAUGGUUUCAUGGUGUUUUUCAUCUGGGUCUCAUUGGUGCUCCAGGUAUUUGAAAUAGCCAAGCUUGUAGAUCAGAUGUCUCCAUGGGGCAUGUUGAGAAUACCACGAGCACUUAUAAUGAUCAGGGCCUUCAGGAUCUACUUCCGCUUCGAGCUUCCUCGUUCUCGCAUCACCAACAUUCUCAAGCGUUCUGGUGAACAGAUCUGGAGUGUGUCUAUCUUUUUGCUGUUCUUUCUCUUGCUUUAUGGAAUCUUGGGUGUUCAGAUGUUUGGGACAUUCAACCAUCACUGUGUGACCAAUGAUACAGAGCCAAAUAACGUGUCUUGGAACAGCCUGGCCAUUCCAGACACUCACUGCUCUCCACAUGGGGAGGGCUACCAGUGUCCCUAUGGUUUUAAAUGUGCCGACCUUGAGGAAUACGGCCUCAGCAGACAAGAACUUGGUUAUAGUGGUUUCAAUGAGCUAGGUACAAGUAUUUUCACAGUGUAUGAGGCAGCAUCACAAGAAGGAUGGGUCUUCCUUAUGUACAGAGCCAUUGACAGUUUCCCUCGUUGGCGCUCCUACUUCUACUUCAUUACCCUCAUUUUCUUCUUGGCAUGGCUUGUCAAGAACGUCUUCAUUGCAGUUAUCAUCGAGACAUUUGCAGAGAUCAGAGUGCAGUUUCAGCAGAUGUGGGGGUCAAGAAGCAGUACAACCUCCACUGCCACCACACAGAUGUUUCAUGAAGAUGCUGCUGGGGGGUGGCAGCUCGUCGCCGUGGACGUCAACAAACCACAUGGUCGAGCGCCUGCGUGCCUCCAGCAACUGAUGCGGUCCUCAGUGUUUCACAUGUUCAUCUUGAGUAUGGUGGCUGUGGACGUCAUUGUUGCCGCUAGCAACUAUUAUAAAGGAGAGAACUACCGCCGACACUAUGAUGAGUUUUACCUUGCAGAGGUUGCCUUCACAGUGUUAUUUGACCUGGAAGCUCUAUUGAAGAUCUGGUGUCUGGGCUUCACUGGAUACAUCAGUUCCUCUCUGCACAAGUUUGAAUCACUGCUGGUGGUGGGCACGACUCUGCACAUCUACCCUGACCUUUACCAUUCUCAGUUCACAUACUUCCAGGUGCUGCGGGUAGUGCGUUUAAUAAAGAUCUCUCCAGCUUUAGAAGACUUUGUGUACAAGAUCUUUGGGCCUGGUAAAAAACUAGGCAGCCUGGUGGUGUUCACAGCCAGCCUCCUCAUUGUUAUGUCAGCCAUCAGUUUGCAAAUGUUCUGCUUUGUAGAGGACCUGGACCGCUUCACCACAUUUCCCAGGGCGUUCAUGUCCAUGUUCCAGAUCCUCACCCAGGAGGGCUGGAUCGAUGUCAUGGACCAGACUCUGGUGGCUGUAGGUCGAGUGUGGGCUCCAGUAGUGGCCAUUUACUUCAUCCUCUACCAUCUGUUUGCCACCCUGAUUCUUCUGAGCUUGUUUGUGGCUGUCAUUUUGGACAAUUUGGAGUUGGAUGAAGACUUGAAAAAGCUCAAACAGCUCAAGCAAAGCGAAGCCAAUGCUGACACUAAGGAAAAGCUGCCUCUUCGAUUGAGAAUCUUUGAGAAGUUCCCCAACAGGCCACAGAUGGUGAAAAUCUCCAAGCUCCCGUCGGAUUUCACAGUGCCCAGGAUCAGGGAGAGUUUUAUGAAGCAGUUCAUUGAUCGGCAGCAGCAGGAUACCAGCUGUUUAUUCCGGCGUCUCCCCUCAGCUUCGUCUUCCUCCUGUGACCACUCUAAGCGCUCUGCCAUUGAGGACAACAAGUAUAUUGACCAAAAGCUUCGCAGGUCUAUUUUUAGUAUCAGAGCACGGAACCUCCUUGAAAAAGAAACUACUAUCAAUAAAAUUUUACGAGCAUGUACCAGACAACGGAUGCUAAGUGGAUCUUUUGAAGGCCAGCCAGCCAAAGAACGCUCCAUUCUCAGUGUCCAACAUCAUAUUCGCCAAGAGCGGAGGUCUCUCCGACAUGGCUCUACCAGUCAGAGGAUCAGCAGAGGAAAAUCUCUGGAAACACUCACUCAAGAUCAUUCUAGCACUGUUCGCUACCGCAAUGCUCAAAGGGAGGACAGCGAGAUCAAGAUGAUUCAAGAAAAGAAAGAACAAGCAGAGAUGAAAAGAAAAGUGCAGGAGGAAGAGUUGAGGGAAAAUCAUCCAUACUUUGACAAGCCCUUGUUUAUUGUUGGUCGGGAGCACCGCUUUAGAAACUUCUGCAGGGUGAUAGUUCGGGCACGUUUUAAUGCAUCCAAAACUGAUCCAAUAACUGGAGCUGUAAAGAACACCAAAUAUCACCAACUCUAUGAUCUCCUGGGCCUGGUUACCUAUCUGGAUUGGGUAAUGAUUGUGGUGACCAUCUGUUCCUGCAUUUCAAUGAUGUUUGAAUCACCUUUCACCAGGGUCAUGCAGGUCCCCACUCUGCAGAUCGCGGAGUAUGUGUUUGUCAUAUUCAUGAGCAUCGAACUGAAUUUGAAAAUCAUGGCUGAUGGACUGUUCUUUACCCCCACUGCUGUCAUCCGAGAUUUUGGAGGGGUCAUGGACAUUUUUAUAUAUCUUGUGAGCCUGAUCUUUUUAUGCUGGAUGCCUACGGACGUCCCCCCUGAAUCUGGAGCUCAGCUGCUGAUGAUGCUUCGCUGUCUGCGUCCUCUCCGCAUCUUUAAGCUGGUGCCACAGAUGAGGAAAGUGGUGCGGGAGGUCCUCAAAGGGUUCAAGGAGAUUUUCCUGGUCUCCAUUCUGCUCCUUACACUAAUGCUGGUGUUUGCAAGCUUCGGAGUUCAGCUGUUUGCCGGAAAGCUCGCCAAGUGCAACGACCCAACCAUUCUGCUGCGGGAGGACUGCCAUGGCAUCUUUCGAAUCAAUGUCAGUGUUUCCAAAAAUCUCAAUCUAAAACUGAAGCUUGGAGAGAAGAAACCUGGGUUCUGGGUACCAAGAGUCUGGGCCAAUCCUCGUAAUUUUAAUUUUGACAAUGUUGGGAAUGCUAUGCUGGCCUUGUUUGAGGUCUUGUCCCUGAAAGGCUGGGUGGAGGUCAGAGAUGUCAUCAUUCACCGCGUUGGACCAAUCCAUGGAAUUUACAUCCACGUGUUUGUGUUUUUGGGCUGUAUGAUUGGACUCACUCUGUUUGUUGGUGUUGUGAUUGCAAAUUUUAAUGAAAACAAGGGCACUGCUCUGCUUACUGUAGAUCAGAGGAGAUGGGAAGAUUUAAAAAGUCGACUGAAAAUUGCCCAGCCCCUACACUUGCCUCCUCGUCCAGAAAAUGGUGGCUUUCGUGCCAAAAUGUAUGACAUCACUCAACAUCCCUUCUUUAAACGGGGCAUUGCUGUUCUUGUGCUGGCACAGUCGGUGUUGCUCUCAGUUAAGUGGGAUGUCGAUGAUGAUCAAGUCACAUUUCCUCUGGCCACCAUGUCUGUUGUGUUCACCUUCAUAUUUGUACUGGAGGUGACCAUGAAGCUAAUAGCCAUGUCUCCUGCUGGAUACUGGCAGAGCAGAAGGAACCGCUAUGAUCUGCUGGUCACGUCACUAGGGGUCAUAUGGAUCAUCCUACAUUUAGCAUUAAUGAAUGCAUACACCUACAUGAUGGGCACUUGCGUGAUUGUCUUCAGAUUUUUUACUAUAUGUGGAAAGCAUGUUACACUGAAGAUGCUGCUGCUGACAGUGGUGGUCAGCAUGUACAAGAGCUUCUUCAUCAUUGUGGGAAUGUUCCUCCUACUCCUCUGCUAUGCAUUUGCUGGAGUUGUUCUCUUUGGCACUGUUAAAUAUGGAGAAAACAUCAACCGGCAUGCCAACUUCUCCACUGCUGGAAAGGCAAUCACUGUUCUGUUUCGUAUUGUGACAGGAGAAGACUGGAAUAAAAUCAUGCAUGACUGCAUGGUGCAGGCCCCAUUUUGUACACCUGACAAACACCGGUACUGGGAGACAGACUGUGGAAACUAUGCUGGAGCACUCAUUUACUUCUGCUCUUUCUAUGUCAUUAUAGCCUACAUCAUGCUCAACCUGCUCGUGGCUAUCAUUGUGGAGAACUUUUCCCUGUUCUACUCCACGGAGGAGGACCAGCUGCUGAGCUAUAAUGACCUGAGGCACUUCCAAAUCAUCUGGAACAUGGUGGAUGACAAACGGGAGGGCGUGAUCCCAACAUCCAGGGUGAAGUUUCUGCUGCGGCUGCUGAGGGGCCGGCUGGAGGUGGACCUGGACAAAGACAAGCUGCUGUUCAAACACAUGUGCUAUGAGAUGGAGCGGCUGCACAACGGAGGAGAUGUGACCUUUCAUGAUGUGCUGAGCAUGCUGUCCUACCGUUCUGUGGACAUUAGAAAGUCUCUCCAGCUGGAGGAGCUGUUGGCCAGAGAACAGCUGGAGUACACCAUUGAAGAAGAGGUUGCCAAGCAGACAAUACGCAUGUGGCUCAAGAAAUGCCUUAAACGUAUCCGUGCGAAGCAGCAGCAGUCCUGCAGCAUCAUACACAGUCUGAGAGAGAGCCAACAGCAGGAGCUCAGCCGCUUCCUCAACCCGCCCAGCAUCGAGACCACCGUGCCAAGUGAAGACCACAAUGCUAACAAUACAGACAACCCCUCACAGCCUGAGAUGAGUGGCCUCCAGCAGCUCCUGAGUCCCACACUGUCAGAUCGAGGAGGCUACAGGCAGGACUCCUCCGACCUGGGCAAGCCGCAGAGGAAGCUGGGACAGUGGCGCCUGCCCGCAGGACGUACCAGUGUCAAGUCCAUCGUGUGUAAGAUGAACCCGGUGAAGGACGAGGCAUCCUCGGGGUCAGAGGUGAAGAAGUGGUGGACCCGUCAGCUCACAGUGGAGAGUGACGAGAGCGGAGACGACCUCAUCGACAUUUAGGCAUAGAUCCAGAGGCUCAGACUUCAGGAUACUCAAUGUGGGGCCAUACACCAACACUACUGGGAAAGAUACUAGUA